UGGUCUCCCGGGUAUAAGAAUACUGAAACGGGCUUAAGUCCGGCCCAUAUUGACAGAACCCGAAAAAUAUAUAAAAACCCUAAUUCCUCCUAUUCAAAACCCUUUGCUUGCUUCUCCACCGUAAUUUUCUCAUUUCUCCGCUUCGAAGCCAUGGGUGCAUACAAGUAUAUGCAGGAGCUAUGGAGGAAGAAACAAUCCGAUGUGAUGAGGUUCACUCAAAGAGUCAGGUGUUGGGAGUAUCGCCAGCUUCCAUCCAUUGUUCGAGUAACUCACCCUACUCGCCCUGACAAAGCUCGUCGUCUUGGUUACAAGGCCAAGCAGGGCUUUGUUGUGUACCGUGUCCGUGUGAGGAGAGGUGGGCGCAAGAGGCCUGUACCAAAGGGUAUUGUCUAUGGUAAGCCCACUAACCAGGGAGUUACUCAAUUGAAGUUCCAGCGCAGCAAGAGGUCAGUUGCUGAGGAGCGUGCUGGUCGCAAAUUGGGUGGUCUUAGGGUCCUCAAUUCUUACUGGGUCAAUGAGGAUUCCACAUACAAGUAUUUUGAAGUCAUUCUUGUUGACACAGCACACAAUGCCAUCAGGAACGACCCAAGAGUCAACUGGAUAUGUAACCCAGUUCACAAGCACAGAGAACUUCGUGGGCUUACUUCUGCUGGAAAGAAGUACAGAGGUCUUCGUGGCAGAGGUCACAGACACCACAAGGCCAGGCCUUCUCGCCGUGCUACCUGGAAGAGGAACCAGACACUUUCUCUGCGCCGUUACCGAUAGAUUUUAUCAUCUGCAGUUCUGCAUUGUCUUUGUUUGGAGUACUGCUUGCUUAGUAUGUUGAAUUCAGUGUCUUUUAAACCCAAGCAUGAGAAUGGUUUUGGAAUUUUGUUUCAGGAAUUAUGGUUGAUACCUUCUAAUUCUAUUGUCUGCAACCAAUUUUUUUUUCUUCA